AUGUCACGCUCAAGUAUCGGUUGGGCUGAAGCCAAGGAUCAGUGCAUCUCAGUUUCUAACGCAGACUCGUCGGCAGCACAAAGGAUUUGUGGCAAAGAAGGGGACAACAUGUUCACCGGAGGUGUCGGCAAAGACGUCACUAUCGAGUUUUUUGGUCCAACAGAAGAUAAACUAAUGCCGAAUUUCAAAGUGUAUUAUCAACUCAAGGAUGAGAAUACGGAUACAGUGAAUCCUGCUGAAUGUAAUGUGAUUCCGGGGCCACCAACAAACCAGGAUCAAUCAUUCACGGUAGCUAAAUCCGGAGACACCAUUCCAGCUGACCUGACCUGUACCUGGAACAUUGCAACGAGUGGUGGGAAAAAUAUACGCGUCGGCUUGAAUGUGGACGGAACGAAAACGGAGAAGCAGUGUGUCGCGGUUGCCAAUGCAGACAAAACCGGAGCAACGGUAAUCUGUGGUAAAGAGCAAAACAACGCAUUCACUUCCGGUGGACAAGGCGUUGUGAUCGUUUAUCCUGGCUCCAGGACAGCAAACACCCAACAGUCUAACUUCAAAAUACAUUACCAAUUCGAUGUCGCCACGAAGUCCGUGUUGUCCACAAUGAUUUUCGUUGAAUGUAUGUUGUUUGCCAUGUACGGUCAGGAUUGAUCAAAUGCCAACACUGCGCAUGAUGGUCCAAAUGAAACGUGGAUUCCAUCGAAGAAAAUACUACAGUAA